UGCUGGGGUGGAUGGUCCAGGCCACGCUCGCCGCACAUCAGGGUCAACUCUUUGUUUCCACUCUGUCGGAUGAUCAUGCUCUGCUGCAAAGAUCUGAGCCUUGUAGUCACUGGGGGCAGACACAAACCUAACGCAGGAACAACAGACAGAGAUGCAUCCUGCUGUUGAUAAGGCACAGGAGCAAAGGCCCAUUUGGACCUUGACACAUCCACACAAAGACAGCGAUGGCAAAGAGAGAUUACCUGGUGGAGGCGGCCAAACAGAUCCGCAUGGCUCUGGACAGCGAGGUCAAUGAAGACUACGAGGCAGCUUUCAGUUACUACAAAAAUGGAGUGGACCUUCUGUUGAACGGAGUUCAGCUGGACCCAAACAAGGAACGGAGGGAGGCUGUGAAGAGGAAGACAACACAGUAUCUGAAGAGAGCUGAAGAAAUCUUUAUAACACAUUUACACGAUAACCUAGGAAAGGGAAGCUCUCAUUUAGGGGGAUACAGUAGUCUGAGAUUUCAUCCAAUCAGACACCUGAGUUCACCCGUAGAGGAUCUGGAGAUGUGUAAAGUUGUGGGAGUCAAUGAUAAGGUCCUGAUUGUUCAAAGCAUGGUCAACAAGGAGACAUUUGUUGUUAAGAGUCUGGUCAAAUCGAGCUGGGAGAGCAGGGACCAGCCAACCAUCAUUCCUCAAGGGGUACCAUAUAUGGUUAAGCUGCUGCGAUAUUACGUGAGCGAGGAUGCCGUGUAUCUGCAUCUUGAACAUGUCAAAGGUGGGAGGCUCUUCUCCAAGUUGCAUAAGCUGAGAAAUGAGAAGGCCAAGGAACACCCAGAAUGCUUGACCUCCGGCCAACACAGCCUUAAGAUGAAGAUCAGCCACACCUCCCCCACAAUCAGCACAGACUACCAGCACAGUUGCAGAGAAGCAGCAGUGAUUCCGGAGAAAUUGAGCGAUGAAAGCCCAGAUACAGACUUCCCAAAAUGGGAUGAGACUCAGCAGCGCCUGGAGAGCUGCGGGACUCACUCGUACAUUGAGGAGACAGGCUGUCUGCAGAACACUCGCUCUGCAGCGUCAUUUUAUACCAAGCUCGAUCGGCUCUCUUUGCUCUCCGGCUCGACGAAGACACAGGCCGGCACCCGUAUCCAUCCACCAGCUCCUAGUUUGUGUUUGCACUCCAGUGAAACUCAGGAAAAGGCCGCUCUUCCUCUCGCUUGCGCUCGAGUCAGUCAAGCUCUUGAUGUCAUGUCGGAAAUCCAUAGAAAAAAAGCCGGGAUGGGACUGAUAGAAUGCAGCUCGGACUUUGAAGCAGCUUGGAAAGCCGCAGACCCGGCAAAUGACUGUGAGAAAAUAAACCCCUAUGCAGUAAGUGACAGUAAUUUAUCAAGAACACUUGGACAAACAACACCUCGAACAAAUAAGACCUCAUUUAUAAAAGAGGGAACACCAAACAGUGAAAAUAAGGGUUUGAGUUCCUCUCCUGCCAUUUUACAUCUUCCACUCCAUUGCCAAACACAGAUUCGUGGCAGAGCAUCAUGGGAUACAAACAGCUCUGUCCAUGGAUCUUUUUUAGGUGGUAACUCGUCAGAGGUUGUUGCAGAUUCAAAGCGAAAUGGAACCAGCCUCAGUCCAGACGACAGAAAUGGAAUCAUUGUCAUCAGAAGCACAGACAGAGCAGUAUUUUCUGACAGUAUGGACUCAAGAAGAAAUUCAGAAAAUUUCUCUGACUCCCUAUCUGUAGAUAAACAGAGGAUAUCUUCAGGGGUUUCCUUGGGCCUCUCAGGGGUCAAAUAUAAAAGUGAAACAUGUUCCAGAGGAGUAGAGGAGGGCGUGCAGGUGCCCUGUGAGUUGCUGGUUCCUGAAGAUAAGAAAGUAGUUGCAAUAAAGGGAUCAUGUGUGGGGAUGCUCUCUUCUGAUCCUCUUGGAGCCUUGACCCACACCAGGGGAGAGGAGGAGGAUCCUUUCUUGAACCCACAGACACCAGAGGAGCAGAGAGAUCAGAUCAUUGAGGUGGACGGCUGGUGCCACCUCCCUCGGGUGCCGGUCAAGUCCUCCGGGCCUGAAGAUAAGGCCAUGCAGACCUGCUGGGGGCUUCCAGAAGCAGAUGUGCGCGUGUGGGGGGCACAGAUCCUCUUGGCCCUCGAAAGUCUACAUCAGCAAGGCAUUCUGUGUCGGGAUCUUAACCCUAAAAACAUUUUACUCACCAGCAACGGAAAGGUGUGCUUAACAUUUUUCAGCCAGUGGAGUGAGGUUCAGUCCGAGAUUAGCUCCAAAGCCACGGAAGAGAUGUACUGUGCUCCAGAAAUCGGUGGAGUUUCCAGAGUUACAGAAGCUUGUGAUUGGUGGAGUCUUGGAGCUUUGCUCUUUGAACUUCUAACAGGAAUGCCCUUGUGGCAGCUUCAUCCGGCAGGAAUUCACUCCCACACCCAGCUGCUCAUCCCUGACCACCUGAGUGCUGCGGCGGCGUCUCUGCUCACCGAGCUGCUCCAGUUUGAUGCCGGCUAUCGCUUGGGUUCCGGAGGUGGAGGAGUAAGCGACAUCAAGUGUCAUCCCUUCUUCAGCGGCGUCUCCUGGAAGGCUCUGACCUGCUGACCCCGAGCAGUCGACCUGCGUCUGCUCCCUUUGUGCCACACGUUCUCCUGGAUUCCAGCUUCCUAAUGUUGCCAGAAUGGAUGUAGCACUGAUUUCAACUGCGUUUUAUGCUUCCCAAAGGAAAUAACUUAACAAAAGCUGAAUAAAAAAUGGUGAUGUAACAAAUACACUUAUUACUUUUAACUGAAGAGACUUGAGAUGAAACUCGUCUAAUGCACUUUUGAUUAUUUAUACCUUUUAAAUCACCUAAAACUAUUUGCUAUUAAUAAUGUUAGAAAAAAAAAUUGAUAAUAGACAAUAGUGAUCGAACUGAUGUUAUCAAUUAUCCUGUUCAGUUAAGAUGAAGAAGUUGUUUUUAACUUAUAUGAAGGGUUGGUAACACAAAUGUUUAUUUUUCUAUAUUUUUGGCAUUUUUUUAUAUUCAGUUUGAAAACAAAUAUCAACACUUUCCCCUUGUAUAUCACAACUAUCAGUUAUCAAGAGGUAUAUUUGUUAUUAGUUGAAAGGGAGUGGAUCAAUGCCUCUCUGACAGGCAAUAAAAUGCUACAUUUUUUGUUUUUUUUUUGCAUAUCAAUGAAAGAUGAUAUCCUGCAUCCUUGUAACUUUUGGUCGUUAUUGUGAACUGUAUCUUUUUCCAGAAGGCUGUUGAGGGGCUUUACAUUUAUGACACAUUUUCAGCCCUCUCAUUCGACCGCUGGAGACAACAUGGGUCAAAAGGCUCAAUCCUGUCAAAGCAGAGAUGUUGCAUUGGUUUUCUCUUUGCUGACCUGUGAGAGACAUCAAAACUGGAAACUGGAGCUUUGAGACCUCUCAGGGAUGUUCCUCUCAUUAGUCCCUACUAACAUUUGCUCACUGUACAAACACUUUCAGCAAUUCAUUUGUCUAAAUGUUAUCAUCCUCAGUAGCAUACAGAUGGAGGUUGGUGAGCUCCAGAUUCCUAGCAUUCCAGCAUGAGUUACUUCAUUAUUUGUCUCAGGACCAUGUUUUCUCUGGAGAGACAAGAUAUAAGCUUUGCCAUUCAAAUGUAAAUGUGGCACAUUAUAUCUGCCAGGUACCUCAGAACUGAGUGAAUUUAUGAAAAUAUAAGCCAUUUUAAAGGCUUCACUUGAUGUAACUGUUAUAAUAAUGCAUGCAAAACCUGUCCAAUCAACGUACAAAACGGCACAAAGCAUCAACCCGGGAGCUACAGCUGGGUAAUGAGGUUUUUAUUGUUUAAAACAUUUUGUUUUCUUAAAUAGCCUUUUUACACAGCAAAAAGAGAAUUGUCCCCUUAUUUCGUUAACUAGAUGGCAUAAAACCUUGGAGGAUUGUUGUCACUUUGGAGAUUUUAAGUGUUUUUCUUUUUUUCUAGUUUAACAUGUGCUCAUUGUUCAUCUCUCAACCAAAACAAUAAAAUUACAA